CUAAUUUUCACCCACGUCAUAUUUCUUCUUCCUUUUUCAUUUUCUCUCUCUUUUACCUUUCCUUUUCCCUUACCUUUGCAAACCCAAGCUCUGGGUUUUCUCAAACGACGAAGAAGCAAGUGAUGAUCGUUGUUGUCGACGACAAGGAGCAUAGUGCCUACGCACUGGAGUGGAUGCUUGAUACCUUUGCAAACCCAGGCUUUGGGUUUUCUCAAACGACGGAGAAGCAAGUGAUGAUCGUCGCCGUCGACGACAACCAGCACAGCGCCUACGCGCAGGAGUGGACACUCGAUCACUUCUUCGUAUCUCUAGGUGAUAGUGCCUUGUUUAAGCUCGUCAUUGUUCACGCCAAACCUUCUGUUACUAUUGCCGUCGGUCUUCUUCUUCUCUCAAACCCAGAUCUGGGUUUUUCUCAAACGGAAGCUGCGGUUCUGCUACUUCAAUUUGGUCCUGCAGAAUUGGGGCGCAGAUUUCUGUAGCCUUGGAAGAACUUAAAACCACGAUUUUUAGUGUCUACGGCUCAAAAACUUGGGAAAAGUGACAGAAAUGGAAGCUUUUUGAUAGAGUUUUUUAAGCAUGAAAGGAGAAAAGGUACAGUGUAUUUUCAGUCCUGCUCUUGAAUUAGUAUAAUUUUACAGUUCUUGGUUGUCUGAGUAACCAGAUUAACAGGAGGGUUUUAUAUUC